AUGCCAUGGACAGUGGGGAGCAGCGCUCGGCGAGACAGCCUACCUUCUGCACUCAGGUCCAUCGUCGAGUGCAUCUCCAGGAAAGACCAAGAACACAUUAAGAACAUCGCUGCAAGCCGCUUUGCCCCCCCCCCCCCCCUUUCCACGUCGGACAGUAAUGAUGUGACGGAGAAGCCGAGGGAGGAAGUCAAGGAAGAAGCUCCAAAGGUGCAUGCUGCUCGACUGGGCAUGUAUGGUGCUGUGACGCGCAAGGUGUGUACGUGGCAGCCUGCACGGCUGCUGUGCAAGCGCUUUGGGGUCAAGGUCCCAGUUCUGGAGGUCCCUCGUGAGCGGACGAAUUUGUGGGUACAAGAAGUGGAGAGUGGGUCCUCCGGGAGUAGCAAGCUUGAUGUUGUGAAUAUUGGCAUGGGGGAAGAUGACGGACAAGGAGAUGACGUGCUCACAUAUGAGCGUCCUGGGAUGGAUAUUUUUUCAGCGAUUUUUGCGAGUGAUGAUGAGGAGAGCGACGAGGAAAAGGAUUCCAUAGACCAUGUCGCUGAGGUGAACGAGCCCCUGCCGUCUACACCUGGCGUGCCUACCUUCAUACCCAGGGGAUCCAACCCGAACGACGCGGAAAAGAAAGAAAAGAAAAACAAGAGUUCCAAAGGUGGCACGCUUAUUUCUUUUGACGUAUACAAGGAUGGGGGAGAGUCAUUGUCUCUCACUGCUGCGCAUCCAAAAUACCGAGAUCGAGAUAGCGAGAGGCCGAGGAAGGAGAAACAGAAGGAUCGAGAGGGAGAUGGAGGCCAUGCCUAUCUGUCCCCUGAUGAAGGCGGUUAGGUUAGUGGACAGGAAAGCGGAUCUCCUCGUGCUCAUAAGAAUGCGAUUAAUUUCAUGUAGCGCUAUAUACAGGUUGAAACUCAAAAGUUAACGUUAAAUUUGGCGAGUAGCUGCAUCCGGCCUUGUAACGCUUCACCAUGAUGUCAUAUGUAAGUAUGAUACACCAUGGACGUGCAGGCAAGUGACAUCAACUGCACUAUCGCCAUUGGAUAGGAGGGAUAUAUUAUGUAAGCUGUGAAGACGAGUCGGACGCAUGUACACAGUGCAGUCGAGGAAGGCGGUUAUGACUCAUAGCAAACAUUCCUGUCGGAACGGUUUGCCUCGUGUCUUGG